CACGAAUUCAGUUGUGAGGGGAAAUGGGAACAAUGCUGAUACAUUUGCAGCUGAUUGCGGUCCUGGCCAUCUGCUCCUCUUCUGGGUACCGCUGGAAGCGUGGUUUUCACGACUACCCGCACGGCGUGGAGACUAUUGAUCUGGGCAGGGCAGAGGAGACUACUCACACCAUUCGGUUCCCACUGCCUGUACGAACCGUCAGGGUCACCAAGACAGUCGCCGUCCCGGUCCCGGUUCCCUACCCAAUUCGACGGGACGUCCCUGUGCCUGUGCACGUCCCUAAACCAGUGCCCGUCCCUGUAUCGUACCCUGUCCCUGUACCGCAUCCUGUCCCUGUCGCUGUGCAGCAACACGCAGAACCUGUAAGACUUGUGUUGUAUGACGCCGGAAGAUCCCUAGGAGGUUAUGAUGGCUACUCUGGUGCCACCGGCAGCACAGGAGCCACCAUAGGGCACCACGAAGGCUCGAUAGGUGUGGUUGUGGGUGCCAGCUACGGGGUUUCAGCUCCAGUUGGAGCUGAUGAGAAGUACCCCGGUACUGUCGUCAAUGAACCUGUUGGUGUCAAGAAGUACACUAAUACCGUCGUACCAGGUCAAGGCCAGGGAUCGUAUAAUUAUCAGAACAGUUAUCAGAGCAACGGAAGUGAAGGAAGCUCUGGUAACGGUGGCUCAGCUGAUAGUUACAGUAUUACCAAAUCCAUUGAGCCGAGUUAUGAUGGAUCAGCCUCAGAAGGAGGAGCAAACAGUAUACAGGGCUAUGAAGAAGAUGCGAAAGGGAAAUAGAUCAGUGUUUAACCCAUUGAAUGAAAAAAUUUGAUGAAUUUGAAUCCUUGUUGUUUUCUUUCUCUCUUAUGUUUACUCUUGCCAAAUUACUUUUUUGUAAAUCAGAUGGACUUUACCUGCCAGUCUAUCCGCUAUAUCUGAGGAGUGUUAUGCAAAGGAGAGAAGGGUCCAGAUGGUGUUGUUAUAGUAAUUCUGUUUAGAUCCCUUACCUGAGCGAUUUCCAGCAGCAACUUGGCUAUUACAGGCGAGCAUCAUAAAUACUAAAACCCAAGAACGGAAACAAAUGACGUAUUAAUAAAAGCGAUUAACUAAUUAGUUCUGAGGUGAACGGUCAGUUUCCCCCUCCACUUCUGAUUCGUCUUUCAUUUCGUUCACCAUUUAAUAUUUAUUACACAUCCCAUUUUUGAGUAACAAAUUAAAAAGUAAGGAAAUAAGACCGAUUUGAAGGUUGUCAGGUGUUUUAAGAUGUUAUUUAUAAGGUAAAUGAGCUUUCGGGUAGGUCAGGUUGGGAUCAUUGUCUCACGGAAAUGCAGCGUUCUCCCAAUUACCGCAGCCGUAAGAUUUUGUAAUGCUGUUAAUUGUGUUCCUCCAUCGACUGGAAAUGUGAAAAAUGAAAGCUAAUAAUCAGAAAAUGGAGAACGAAAAAGGAAAACUGUUGUUAUUUUCUUCAAUCUUCCACUCAAAAUUGAGAGAAGAGCUUCCCUUAAGGUUAUCAGAUUUUUUGGAAUAUGGUAUUGAGCUAGAUAAAUAUAUGUGGCAGUGACGUAGGUACGUAAUGCCCCAAAAGUUUGUAAUCAGAAAAAAACUAUGAUAUUUUAUUUUGUUUUACUGUAGGUUUCCGACAUAUUCACCGGUAUUAUUUGUUCCUGCCUUUGUUUUUGUCUUAAUUAAGUAUGAUAAUUGCACCAAACAAAAGCAAGGCCUAGGAGCAAGCAGCCUCUCUGCAGAUAAUAAUACAUAUUGUAGCGAUAUUAGGGCAUAAGCAUAUAAACUUCGAAAACUGUUUUGGUAAGAAUAAUUUUUGUUUAUUAUAAUUAUGCUACGUACAUUUAUGCGGAACAUUAAUCUUUUUGUAACCCAUCACGAAUAGUUUUAGAAAGGUUCUGUAACACUGAGCUUGUUAAAAAAAAAGCAGGGUGUUGCAUAUACAGUAGAACUUGGUUAUAACGUCA